AUGUUAAGACUAAGAAAAGCACUAUACGGUUUGAAGCAAGCUCCUCGAGCAUGGUAUAGCAGAAUCGAUCAAUAUUUCAUGGAUCAAGGAUUUAGGAGAAGCAAGAGUGAGCCCACACUAUACAUCAAGUCUCAAGAUCAGUACACUCUCUUACUCUCUCUAUAUGUAGAUGACCUUAUCUACACGGGAAAUAAUACUAAGAUGAUAACGGAGUUCAAAGAAGACAUGAUGAAGACCUUUGAGAUGACCGACCUUGGUUUGAUGAGUUACUUCCUCGGUAUAAAGGUAAGCCAAAGAAAUGAAGGGAUAUUCAUCUCACAAAAGAAAUACACAGAAGGCUUACUUAAGAAAUUCAAGAUGUACGGUUGCAAACCUGUCGCUACCCCACUCAUAACAAAUGAGAAACUACAAAAGAAUGAUGGAGCACCAGAAGGUGAUGCAUCCAAAUAUCAAAGUUUAAUUGGAAGCCUCCUAUAUUUGACAGCUACGCGGUCAGACAUAAUGUAUGCUACAAGUCUUCUAUCAAGAUUCAUGCAAAGUCCAAGUCAAAUACACUUUGGAGCAGGAAAAAGAAUUUUGAGAUAUCUACAAGGAACAAAAGAGUUAGGUAUAUGGUACUCUACCGAAACUAACUCAGGAUUACUUGGCUACACCGAUAGUGAUUGGGCAGGUUCGGUAGAUGACAUGAAGAGCACCUCUGGCUAUGCUUUCUCACUCGGAUCAGGAAUUUUCUCUUGGGCGUCGAAGAAGCAAGCUACGAUUGCACAAUCCACAGCAGAAGCAGAGUACGUGGCAGCUACUGAAGCAACGAGUCAGGCUAUAUGGCUUCGUAGGAUACUUGAAGACAUGGGAGAAAAACAGGAUCAGCCAACUAAAAUCAAUUGCGACAACAAAUCAGCAAUUACAAUGGCAAAGAAUCCAGUGCAUCACAGUAGAACAAAACAUAUAGCAAUCAAGUAUCACUUUAUAAGAGAAGCUGAAGCAACUAAAGAGAUCAAACUCGACUACUGCAGAACAGAAGAUCAAAUUGCAGACAUAUUCACGAAGGCGUUGCCGAGACCAAGAUUUGAAGAGCUACGAGCUAUGCUUGGAGUCAAAGAAAUUUGUAUCAAGGAGGAGUGUUAA